AUGCCUACACUCGUGAUAGAGAGACUCCUCUCCAAGUUAUCCUGGAUUAGCGAGCAGUCGUCGCCAUUUCGCCGCUGGACCACCGGCAGCGGCGCCGGCAGCUCCUACCGCCAUCAAGAUCACCGCAACAUCUACAAUAAGCAAAUGAGCGAAGGCGCGGGCGGCGUGAGCGGCGCCAGCGGCGGCGUGGCCCGAUGGUCCCUGGGGCUGGAGCAGCUGCUCGCGGACCCGGCUGGGGCGGCGGCCUUCGCCCACUUCCUCGCCAAGGAGUUCGCGGCCGAAAACAUAAGGUUCUGGUGGUCCUGCGAGCAGUACUCGCGCAGCGCGGCCACGGCUCGCGAGCAGCUGGCGGCGGAGAUCUGGGCGCGGCACCUGGCCGACGGCGCGCCGGAGCCGGUGAACGUGGACGCGGCGGCGAGGAGGGCGGCCGCCUCCAGGCGCCAGCUGCGCCCGCCCCCGGAUGACCUGUUCCUGCAGGCUCAGAAGCAGAUCUUCAACGUGAUGAAGUUCGACAGCUACCCGCGCUUCCUGCGCUCGGGCGUGCACGCCGAAUGUGCGCGGGCGGACCUGCGCGGCCUGCCGCCGCCAUACGCGCCGCAGGAGGACGCCACACCCACCAAGCUGAAGAAGUCCGCGUCGAACGCGUCGGAGCGGAGAAGGAGCGGCGGCGCCUCGUUGCUGCCGUGGAAGCUGCGCGGCGCCUCGCGCGAGCGGCCCCAGCCCCAGCAGGAGCAGCCCCUGGCCGACGUGGUGAAAAGCGGUGGCGGGCAGGGGGCCAGCGCUCUGUGCCGCGUGGUGCUCCCAGACGGGGCGACGUCGGUGGUGGGGGUGGAGGAGGCGCUGCCCGUCAGGAGGCUGGUGGACCGGCUGCUGCAGCGGCGGAACCUGCCCGUGCUGGCCUACGAUGUGCUGCUACGCGACGACCAGGGCGUGUGGCGCGCGGUGGAGGCGGGCGGCGCGUCGUCGGCGCUGGCGGGGCGCGAGGCGCGCGUGGAGCGGCGCGCGGUGGUGCGGCUGGCGCUGGGCGCGCGCGUGCUGGCCGUGCGCUGCCGCGGCGCGCGCCCGCUGCGCCACGUGCUGCGGCCCGUGCUGCGCCGGCACGCGCCCGCCGCCGCGGCGGUGCUGCGCGACGGCCGGCCCGUGCACCCCGACACGCCCGUGCAGGAGCUGGACGGCGCUCUGCUGGAGAUCGUGGAGAUGUGCGAGGGGGGCGAUGCGGUGGCGGGGGCGGGGGCGGUGGCGGGGGCGGGGGAGUUGCGCGACGACGACGCCGACUCGCUCUCAGACCUCGCCGUCAGACUGCACGACGACGCCGAGCAGAUGAGCAUAUCGAGCCGGGGCCGAAGCGAGUGCAGCAGCAAUGCCCCGAGCCUGAACGGCGCGGGGGGCGGCGGUUCGGGGGGCGUCGGCGGUUCGGGGGGCGUUGGGGGCUCCGGUGGCGCGGGGGGCGUGGGGGGCGCUGCGGCUGCGGGGGCGGAGGCCGGCCGCGUGCGCGCCGCGCUCCGGCCCGGCCCGCCCCUGCACCACCACCCGCCCGAGUUCCUGGAGAACCUGCGCGAGAAGCAGCGCCAGCGCCAGAGCCCGAGGACCCCUCCCCCGCUGCCGCCGAAGCCCGCGCCCCGCCCCGCCCCCACCGUGGUC